GCACAUAGUAAGUGAGGUCCUUUAUAAAAAUAAAUAAAAUGAGAUUAUUAGCCUAACUACACUUAUUGCACUAAACUGACCGACUGCAUCUAUCUAUCUAUUUAUACUGCAGCACUCCUCUCUGCGAGUAUUAUGUGCAGCUUCCUGCAUUACCUCCCAAAACUAAUCAAGACCACACUACACUGAAGUCUGUGAGGUCUAUAGAGUGAAGCCAUAAAGGAGUAUUUAGAAUUUGUAUCUGCAGGUAGGAUGCAUACGUUCUAAAAAAAAUACGAUUUACGUUGGAUAUAUCUAAAAAAAGUUACCAGCACAUUUAUGCUUUGAUUCACGAUCGAAAUGCGGUCUAUGGUAUUAGUUUAGACAUAGCCCAGGUUUGUCACGUGACUAGCAACUUGACAGUUUACAAAUGGCGGCCACCAUCGUUUGACGAGAACAAAAACAUUGGUUUGUUGUUCGCGUUUAGUACCGAUCGUGAUAGGUAUUUAAUACUUCGACAAUGGAUAGAGGACGAAACUUGGAAGCGUUGGCUGAGGAAGAUGAUGAGGAGGAAAUGGAGGAAGAACACAGGAGAGAUAGUGACAGUGAUUCCAGUACAAGUGAUGACGAUGCUCCAGAUGAAGGUACAAAACGUGGUGAACCAAACAAAUUUGACAUUCUCUGUGAUGGAGUCAACAAUUCUAUGGCUCUUGUUCACACUGCUAUGGAAGAGUUACUGGAGAUGAAAGACGAGAUGUUAAGACACCAGUUACCGCCAACAUUACUCAUCAAACUGGCUACAACUACAGGCAAAGUCUUUAGAAGUGUCAGUGACUUGAACAUGCCAGUGAAUGAACUGCUGAGACUUGUUAGAGUAUACUCAACACCCUGGGAAGAGAAAAGUGCCGCCCUGAAGAAACUUCAUGAAGAUUAUGAGGCAAAGCAAAGACAGCUGAAUAUUGCUAUUAAACGUUUACAGCUAGUAGAUGCCCAUUCGAAGAGGAUUGCUAGGGAGAAGCGUGUAAUGAAUUGGGAGAAGUUGUUUGCUAAAGUUAUGAGUAACAAAGGACAUGGGAGACGUUGGAAAUUCCUUAUUGAAACUAUCAAACAGAAGGCAAAACUUGGACUGGAGCAUGUUCAGGAGUUUACCCGUCAGUUAGACGAGUCGGAUGAAGAAGAGGAGGAUGAUAUGCCAACCAUACAGUUCAAACAUGGUGGCGAAAGUCCGUCUGCUAGUGAUAAAGUCUCGAAAAGGAAAGCUUCAAUUAUGAAAAGCACUCCAACCUCAAAAUCAGUGAGCGAGGCAGAAACUGAGGGGGAUGAGGAGGAUGGAGGUGGAGCUGAGAAGGCCGAGUCUGAGUCUGUUGCUGGUAGUGAGGUGGAGAAAGAAGUUCCAAGUAUUAAGAUAGAGAGUGGAGCACAGGAGGAGGAGGAGGAGGAGGAGGAGGGGGAGGAGCUUGAAGAAGAAGAGGAGGAGAAAGAUGCUGAUGCACAGGCAGCUGAAACUGCAAAGAAAGUACGAUUUGCUGAAGAAAUGCAGGUUACAGUGCCCAAGAAAGAGACAAAAGAUGCUGAAGUGUCUACACAGGACCCAGAGUACGAUCAUUUCAUGUUUGUCCGUCUGUACAGUCCUAUAGGAAUGACUCAGACUGAUAUUAAGUGUUCACUGACAUUUGGCAAGCAGUUCUUCAAAACAAAAAGACUAGAUAAUGAAGCUGAUGCAGAUAAAGAUAAAAAAGUGGAACCCAAACUAAGUGAUAUAAAGAAGAGAAGGUAUGAGGAGACUAUGUUCAGUUUACCAGACCCUAUUCCUGAGGGGAUAUGGAUGAAAAACAGAGAUGCUCUACCCACUGCUCCACCUAACUUUCAGAUCUCAAUCCACACUGGACCAACAGACACAAUGACAGCCAUGGCAACUAUAGAAUUGGCUGACCUGAAGGAAAUUAACCUGAAGGAGGUAAUCCUGCCAGGUCCCCAGGGUGAUGAUGAUGUUCCUAAAACUCCAGAACCCCCAGAGGAGGAUGACCUUGACUCGCUGUCAUCAGAGAUUGACAUACCCCUCCCAGGGGAUGAGAAGAAAACAGAGCCACCCCAGGAGGAUAGAGUUCAUGAUGUAGAGCCUAUGAUGUAUCCACUUUACUCAUUAGAUGGUAGUUCAGCUGUUCACAAACCAUGUGGAAGCCUGCCAUUGAUCAUAUAUUGGGGAAAGAGAGUCAGGCCAAUGACUUUCAACAGACAGAUAGGUACCCACGGAGUAACGGAGCUAGUCUUUGAGUUGACUGGUAUUGACCUCGAAAUGACAUCCAAGGCUGACCUCCACAAGGAGACAAAUGACAGAGGAACUUCAGUCAUCAACUUUGCCCCUGAUGUUCAGGACCGUGCCCUGUCUGCAUUAAGGCUCACACCAGAGGUAGAACCACCAAACCCACCCACUUCACCAGAACAUGAAGAAAUUCAAGAAGAAGUAAUCACUGACAUUAAAGAGGAACCAAAAGAACCAGAAGAGGAGAUGAUAGCUAAAGUGGAGUAUGAUAAGGUCGUGGAGAAACAUAGCAAAGAUAUGUUGUUUCUACAAGAAGAAUAUGAAAAACGUCUGCAGUCAUUGAUUGAGAAUUUGCAACAGAUGGAGAAAAAUCAGCAGUUACACCAGCAGCAGAUCCUCAAGCAGCAGCAGCAACUCACUGAUCAGCAGAAACUGUUAACACAACGACGUCAGGCAAGUCCAGGGUUGUCACCGCAGGCUACGCUUGCUCCACCUGCUACACCAAAAAAAUCUGCUGAGUCAUCCGAUGUAAGUAAGCCUGUCAUCCAUGCUCCUAUGCCCCCACAGAAACCUCGCACAAAGGGACCAAGGAAGAAACCAACUCCUGUACAGAAGUCAUGGGACGGUGUGCCUUCAGAGUUUUUAGACCGAUUGGCAUAUUUUGAAGAUGAAAGUUACAGACACAAAAUUGAGUUGAUUGAAAAAACUCGCAAAGAAAUUCAGGAUGACAUUGAAAAGAAACUAGCAGGACAACAUAAGCUGAGUCGGCGAGACCAGGAAAUGUUUGAAGCUUUAAAUGAUGUUAGCCUACCUGCAUUAUUUAUGCCGUUUCAGCGUGGCAGUGUAUUUAAUCCUAGAGCACAUCAGUACUUUCAUCCAACUGGUUCAACAGAACUUAGAUUAACCCAGCCACCAUCAGUCUUUCAGUUGCCUCCCCUUAGUAAAAAUAGCUCUUCAAUACUGAAUUUAUUUGAACUGAGUAAAAACUUUAAUAGUCGAAAUCAAGGUUGGUUAAUGGACAGAUAUAUACAACAACAAGAACCUGUAAAAAAUGUCCAUGGGAUGAUUCCACAAACAACGAUGCCAACGUCCCAAAUGAGAUCUCCAUCGGCACCAUAUACACCACAACCAACAUAUGACAUUCCGCCGACGCGAGAGGAAGAAUACAGACAAAGGACAAUGGAAGCUGAAGCAGAGUGCUAGUGUCUCCUACAUUCUUGUCAUAUUUAAUCUGCAUUUACUGUCAAAUAUGGCUAUCUUCCCAUUUUCAUAGAAAUAAGUACAUUGACUUUGCCCAUGGCAUAAUGUCAGUAGGUAAAGUUUAAAUCACCAGAGUUUCACAUUUUGAAAAGUGUUGGUUGUUGGUUGUGCACUUGAUCUACUUUAGAAAAAUACUUUCAAGCAACUGAUAAUGAUAGAAAUAAUAAUCUAUUUGUUGAUACAUUUUGCCUAUUAAAAAACUUGCAGUUACCGGCAGGUUUGUAAUGCAAUAUGCCAGUGUUUUUGUCUGAAUCAGAUUGUCCCAGUUUCAUACUUUUUGUUGAAAUAUAUACCCUUUCAAGUGUGACAUUAUAUCUAAUGAAGAAAAUUUUAUCUGAGUUCUUGAAGGUAAUGUUUUCAAAAUACAAUCUAAUGUGCCAAAUGUAAAAGUUUUUCAUCUUGUGAAAGAUACUUCCCUUACAGAAGCAAGUCUCUGUGGCGUACAUGCUGCGUAUUUGCUGUGUAUAUGCCGCGAGCAUAGUAGUACGCCAGAGGAGUACAUUUUACAUACACCGCAUGCCGCGUACAUGCUGAGUAACUUUUAUCUUAAUAGCAUAAAAUAGUUCAGAUUACCGGUAUUCUGAACAAUGAAAAUUUGCCAAACUAUUUGCAAUGUUCAUUUGUGAAGCUUACAUCUUAGUGAUUUCUGAGCUGCACCUUGCAUGCAGUGUAAAAAUAUAUUCUUUUUCAUUUUGAAUUAAUCCUGGAGCUUUCUAACUUGGAUAAUUGAAAAGCCUUAUUUGAACUUCGUUGCAUUACAUUUUAAAUGCUUAUAUAAUUCCGGUCCUAGAUUGUUCUCAGAUGGAUUUUAAUCAAAAUAAAUACAUACUACGCACACAUCGUCUAUAAUAAAUCAUAACCUUAUAUUUAGUUGCAUUAAAGUUGUUUCCCCUUGAUGCAGUUACGCCAUUUUCUUCAAAUGUUUACCAAAUUACAUGCUACAAAAAUUGAUUUAUUUCAUUGAAAAGUGGAUGAAGAAAAGCAUACUAAUUUAUUUGAUAACAUCAAUCUACAUUAUUUUGGUAAGGGUAAAUACUUAUUGAUGCAUGUCACUUAUCUUUUUUCUGUUUUUUUUCUGUCCAAAUGAUUAGCAUUUGCAUACGAAAGUUGGUGGGAUAAGGAAUUUACAUUAUCACCGCAGUUUCGCCACAAGAGUACACAGCAUGUAUGCAGCAGGAGUACACAGCAUGUACGCCGCAGGACUCGGGGCCAGGAGUACACAGCAUGUACGCUGUAGGAAUACACAGCAUGUACGCCGCAAGAGUACACAGCAUGUACGCCGCAAGGAUAGUACACCGCAGGCUCAUUUGCAUGUGAAAAGUGUAUGUGCAGCGUACAUGCUGCGUACUAUUUCCCGCAUACUAAAUUUCUCCAGCGUACAUCCUGUGUACUAUGUAGUCCACAGCAUGUACGCAGCAAGUAGUACGCAGCAGAGCUCAUUUGCAUGUCAAAAGUGUACUACAAACGUACUAUCGGUGUAUGUGCGGUGUAUAUCCUGCGUACUAUUUAAAGCCCUUGAUUUCAGUACACAUCAUGUACGCAUCAUAUAUGCUGUAUGUACACAGCAAGAGUACGCAGCAGGCCUUUUUCUUCUGUAAGGGUUCAGUCUCACCCUGAAAACCUGAAGUAGAAAUAUUGAAAUUUAUUUUAUGCUAACUAAUGAAAUACUGUAUUCUAUCAUUUAAAUAUUUUCAUAUCUCAUCACUCACACUGUGAAAAUAUGAAAUCUAUAUUUUCUCACUGUGAGAGAUAUAGCUCCGCCCCCUCAUACAUUGUGUAUGAAUUUUAAAUUAUUAGCUUAAAACAGGAUGGAAAUUGUAGUCGCACUUUGUUCUUUGUAGUAUAUUUCUCGAUUCAAAUCAUUUUACUUAAUGAGAAUUUCAUAAUGUUAUGCAGCAAAAAAUAAAAUAAAAUGGAACUUUAUGUUGUGUGCGUCUUUAUAACGUCACAACCCUUACAGAAGAAAAAGGCCUGCUGCGUACUCUUGCUGUGUACAUACAGCGUAUAUGAUGCGUACAUGAUGUGUACUGAAAUCAAGGGCUUUAAAAAGUACGCAGGAUAUACACCGCACAUACACCGAUAGUACGUUUGUAGUACACUUUUGACAUGCAAAUGAGCUCUGCCGCGUACUACUUGCUGCGUACAUGCUGUGGACUACAUAGUACACAGGAUGUACGCUGGAGGAAUUUAGUAUGCGGGAAAUAGUACGCAGCAUGUACGCGGCACAUACACUUUUCACAUGCAAAUGAGCCUGUGGUGUACUACCCCUGUGGCGUACAUGCUGUGUACUCCUGGGGCGUAUAUUCUGUGUACUCCUGGCCCGAGUCCUGCGGCGUACAUGCUGUGUACUCCUGCGGCGUACAUUCUGUGUACUCCUGGCCCGAGUCCUGCGGCGUACAUGCUGUGUACUCCUGCUGCAUACAUGCUGUUUACUCUUGUGGCGAAACUGCUGUGAUAAUGUAAAUUCCUUACCCCACCAACUUUCUUAUGCAAAUGCUGAUCAUUUGGACAGAAAAAAACAGAAAAAAGAUAAGUGACAUGCAUCAAUAAGUAUUUACCCUUACCAAAAUAAUGUAGAUUGAUGUUAUCAAAUGAAUUAGUAUGCUUUUCUUCAUCCACUUUUCAAUGAAAUAAAUCAAGUUUUGUAGCAUGUAAUUUGGUAAACAUCUGAAGAAAAUGGCGUAACUGCAUCAAGGGGAAACAACUUUAAUGCAACUAAAUAUAAGUGUUAUAAAUUUCGAAGUAUCUGCGGUGUACAUGCAGUGUACUAUUUUCUUGUACAAGUCCCUCCUGCGUACAUGCAGUGUACUCCUUAAAUUUUCAGAGUCUGUGCUGCGUACUUGAAGUGUACUAGUGACCUCCUGCGUACAUGCUGUGUACUCGUCGAAAUAGUAUGCGGCAUGUACGCGGCAUGCGGUGUAUGUAAAAUGUACUCCUCUGGCAUACUACUGUGUUCGCGGCAUAUACACAGCAAAUACGCAGCAUGUACGCCACAGAGGCUUGCUUCUGUAAGGGAACACGUCUAACGUCAUGUCUGUUUUACGCGCGUCUGUUUCCCAUGCUGAGAUUAAAAAUUGUUGCAAAAUGCACAUCUCAAUGGGAUUGCGCAUAAUAUAAAAAGAAAAUUUGUUUAUUGUGAGUGAAUAUGGAAUAUAUCUCACCUCGAAGUGAGAAAAUGUUCACAUUUUCACUCGCGCUACGUGCUCGUGAAAAUAUUUGAAAUUUUCUCACUUCUCAGUGAGAUAUAUUCCAUAUUCACUCAAAACAAACAAAUAUCCUCUUUAUCUUCCUCCAGAAUAAUGAAUACUAGAUGCAAAGCUUUCAUGAUUGGCAUAACCAUGAGUGAAAAUAUAAAAUCAGAUGUUCACAAAUGAAACUUGCAUUGUAUUUUGAUCUUACAUUUAAAGCAAAUGUUUGUCUGUUUCAUGUUUUUAAGGAUUUUAUCCAAUUUUAUUUGUUACACAGUGCAAUGUCAUGCACUGCUUCAUUAUGUAUAAUAUUAUGUUCAAAACAAACUUACUUAGUUCUGUGACAUCUAUAGAUUUUUUUUACAUUUUAUUAUGAUGGAUAGCUAUAUUUUUGUUUAAUUUUGCUAAAAUGAAAUAUGGGUAGUAAAUAUCAUAAAAAGGGAGAUGUGAACAAAUCGCAAGUUUUUCAGUGGUCAAAAUGAUGUACUGAGAUAUUCUUAAAAUAAUAUUUGUACCAAGAUAGUAAGUUAAAUAAUCUUAAUAUGAUCAUAUGCUAAUUGUACACUAUUUGAAAUAUAAUAAGUUUUUCACACAGUAUUACUGAAGGUUACUGACCUGAGUUAUACCUGUACCUGCCCACUGGCACCAGACCAGAAAUUAUGUGUCAUGUUAUACCCUACCCCUAGGUAUACUGUGAGAACCAUAUGUUGCCAAAUGGGAAAAUUUACCUGCCCAUUUCAGUUGCACAUAUCUCACAUGAAAUAUGCAUUUCAGCAAUUGGGUAUUAUGCGUUAUGAUUAAUUGGUAAUUCAUCUUGCAUCAUGCAUCAGUCACAUUUCUCAAUGUUUCCUAUCACAGGGACACUAUGCUUAUUUUAUAUUUACUGGCAUUCCAGUUUAGUGACAGGGCCUUGUGCACAUGUAGACAAAAUGUAAACAAAUAAAAACAGAAUAUACAGUUUUCAUGUUAAACAAUAAAACUUGAAAUGAUGAAUGUCAGUAGGUAAUGUUGUCCAAGUUUUUUCUGUAAUGCUGACAAAAAUGUAAAAUAUUUGUAAUGUCUCUGCGAUAAGAAGCAUUGAGAAAAUAAGUCCUGUUGCAUGAUGGAAGAUAGAUUGUCAGUUGUUCAAUAUCCAUAGUAAACAUUUGUGGAACUGUGCAUUUUAGAUGAGAAAUGUGCAACUGAAAUGGGCUAAUAUAUUUUCACGCUAGGUACCAUGAUUUUCAUAGCAUACCUAGGGUAGGGUAUUACUUGUACAAUGGCAUUUUAUUUCUUGUCCAGGACCAGUGUAUCUGCCAAAGGAAUAUUUCCUGUUGUUUAUUUAUUUUAUACAGAUUUAUAGUUAUAAGCAAUACCAAAUAAAUAAAUGAAAUUUUCAUUUGCUUACAAUUAUACAUGUAUUUUUGAUACAUUAUAAAAAUGUGUAAUAAAAGAAUGUUAUUUAAGAAUUUCAACAUGCUUAUUUAUUUUAGCUGAGAUUUCCAGAAAUAUGAGAACUAUAUGGUU